AUGGCGUCGCACGGAGAAGAUGCGGGUUCCCUCAAGUCUCCUGUUUCUGGGGAACAAGAAGAGAGAAAAACGUUGUCGUUUGGUUUUACUAAAACAGUUAGCAAGUUUAAACCUUCGACUGGUGACGCUGCGAUCAAGAAAGAUGAUAAAGAUUACCUGACUGGGAUAGAUGGAAAAGAAUUACAAAGUUCAAAACCAUCCGAGAAGCCGAAGGAGCUCAUCAUUCCUCUGAUCCAGAAGAACCGCUGGCACCGACCGGACCGAGCGGGAAAGAGCGAACCGAGCGGAGCUAAAACACAGGAGACAAGCCAAGACGGUGACUCUGUGGACGCUCAGGCUGUCAAGGAACUCAUUGAAGACUCCAGGAGGCAGCUUGAGCAAUGGCAGAAUGGCUCUCAGUCAGAAACCAACCUGAACCUCGCCAUCCCCCUGUUGAUGCAAAACAAAGUUCCUGAGGGCUUUGAGGAUGGAGACCACGUGAAGGUGGAUCUACGUCCAGAAUCUUCGACAGAGGCAGAUUAUGAGAGCGUUCCUGUCGAGGCUUAUGGACUUGCUAUGCUUAAAGGGAUGGGCUGGAGUAAAGAGGAGGGCAUCGGACGCACAUUUAAACAACAUGUGAAGCCAAUCGAACACCAGCUCCGUCCAAAAGGUUUGGGUCUUGGAGCCGAUCGUUCAGCAAUAAAGGAUCUGGAGCCCGACAGACAUAAACGACCCCCCAAGCCAGGCGAGGAGCGAGAGAAGGAGGAGGAACUGGUGAUGGGUCCAGGCGGUUGUGUGCUGGUGGUGUCAGGGCCACAUAAAGACCUGUAUGGCAAGAUUGAAGGCGUCGAUGCAGAUAACGCUCGAGUUGUGGUGAAGCUGGCGAUCGGCAGCAAGUCGGCAACAAUCAGCCAGUACGCUGUUAAACUGGUCGGGCGGAAGGAGUAUGACAAAAACAGCAAAGACCUCAGUCGCCUCAGUAAAGCCCACAAAGACAAGGAAAAGGAGAAGAGAGGGAGAAAAGAGCGAGAGAAGGAGCAACAGAGACGAGAGGAGAAAGAGGGGAGAAGUAAUGGUCACGAGGCAAAACACAAGUCUUCAGACCGAGGAGGAGGAAGGGAUGACAGAAAGAGGAAAAACAGAGAAUCAAGUCAAGACAGAGAGAAACCUCCAGUGAAAGAGUCAAGGCGACCACCGGCUCCUCCCUCCUGGCUCCAGAGAGACUUGAAAGUUCGUUUUAUAGACAAAGCUUUCAAAGGGGGCAGGUACUACAACUCAAAGAUGCGUGUGGAGGAUGUCCUGACACCGACUACCUGUGUGUGUCGAACUGAGGAGGGAAGACUGUUAGACGAUGUGAGGCAGGACAUGCUGGAAACCAUUGUUCCAAAAAGUGAAUAUGAUUCUAUAAUGGUUGUACUGGGAGAGCACAGAGGACAGAUCGGCCGUAUUCUCCAACGGGACAAGAACAAGUGCAGAGCGAUGGUGCAGCUCGACCGACACGAGGAGAAAGUGUUCACGUUGGAUUAUGACACCAUUUGUCACUAUGUGGGAGCAGCGGACCACUGAAUCAAAUAUCCCUUUUUUUUUUGUUCCAUCUGAAAUGUCUCGUUAUAUUGAAAAAUUAUGAAUUUUAAAGCAAUUUUGUAAUAAAACACUGUCAAGAAUUUAUUUGUACCUUAUUACAAAAUCUGCCAGCACACCAUAAAAAAAAGUUCCAAUGA